GAAAUAGGCAAAGACUUUAAUCCAGACAUCCAUCCGCCUACCAUACCAUGGCAGCCCUUCUCCUUCAUUCAUCUGAACGACUUUCUAAAACAUGGCUAAACCGUAUUUUUGCAGUCAUCUACUCCGCGGUCGUUUCUUUUCUUCUCCUCCGCCACUGCCGUAAUUUAAUCUACUCUCCAACUCCAAUCUCCAUUACUCUGUUUCUAGCCGACUUUGUGUUGGCUUUUAUGUGGUUUACCUCCCAAUGUUUUCACUGGAAUCCAAUCCAUCGCCGUGUUUUCCCAGAAAACCUGCAACUGUUUGUGGAGGAGAGAGAGUAUCCGGCGUUAGAUGUGUUGAUUUGCACGGCUGAUCCCACCAAAGAGCCACCAGUUGGAGUGGUGAACACGGCCUUAUCUGUAUUGGCAUAUGACUACCCGCCGGAUAAGCUUUCCGUUUAUAUAUCAGAUGAUGGAGGGUCUGAAGUGACACUGUAUGCGUUCAUGGAGGGUGCUAAGUUUGCUAAGCAUUGGAUUCCAUACUGCAAGAAGCAUAAUAUUGUUGAUCGGUCUCCUGAAGUGUAUUUUGAAAGUGAUCCUGCUUGGUUCCCUGAGACAGAUGAUAUCAAGGCGAUGUAUGAAAGAAUGAAAUCAAGGGUGGAGAAGGUGGUGCAGAGUGGUGGCGUAUGUUUGGAUGAGGUGAAGGAAUCGGAAAUUCGUGAUACAUUCAGUAAAUGGACGCCUAAUUUCUCGCGUCGACAUCAUCCCACAAUUAUUCAGAUUAUAUUAGACAACACUAUAGACAAAGAUGUCGCAGGUGGUGUAAUGCCAAAUCUUGUCUACGUUUCUCGAGAAAAAAGCAACAACAAGCCCCAUAAUUUUAAGGCUGGAGCACUCAACGUCCUGCUUCGAGUGUCAGGCUUGCUGACCAAUGGACAUAUUGUCCUUGUUCUAGAUUGCGACAUGUUCUCAAAUGACCCUGAAACGCCACUUCGCGCAUUAUGUUAUUUUAUGGAUCCAAAUGCUGAUUCUAAGCUUGGAUUUGUUCAAUUUCCGCAAAGAUUCAAUGGCAUUAAUAGGAAUGACAUAUAUGCUUCCGAGUUCAAGGCCGAGACACAAAUUUUAAGCCUUGGUAUGGAUGGCUUGUUAGGCGCUCAGUUUAUGGGAACAGGAGGCUUUUUCAAACAACAUCACACCAAGCAGCAAGCUGCGACUAUGAGGAUAAUACAAAAUGGGGAUCCGAGGUUAUCGGCUUUUCCCCUGAUUGGAUUUCGAUAUGGCACCUUAACCGAGGACACCUACACAAGCUUUCGACUUCAUUGUGAAGGAUGGAAGUCGAUUCUUUGCAAUCCAAAAAGAGCUGCGUUUCUUGGAGGUUCGCCCUCAAACUUGAAUGAUGCCCUAACCCAAAUCAAACGAUGGUACAUGGGAUUCCUCGAAAUAUUCUAUAACAAAUAUUGCCCAAUCACAUAUGGCAUUCGAUCAAUGAAUCCUCUACAUGCUUUAUGUUACACACACUACACACUUCGUUCCUUUUGGUCGAUUCCAAUCAUUGUCUACGCAUUCUUGCCUCAAAUUUCGCUCCUCAACUCCUUCCCAAUGUUUGCAAGGGUUUUUGAAGGUGGGAUUUCCUUGCAUGCGUUUCUAUUUCUUGGAGCUUACGGAAAAGAUUUUGUAGAUUUUGUGGUCUUUGGAGGUGGAUCGAUGCAAAGGUGGUGGAACUGCCAAAGAAUGUGGUUGAUAUGGGGGCUAUCGAGUUACCCAUUUGCAUUGCUCGAGUGGUCACUAAAAUCUUUAGGGUUUUCAACAUCUGGGUUCAAUGUUACCAGCAAAGUAACUGAGGAAGAACAAAAGAGACUAUAUGAACAAGGGGUGUUUGAUUUUGGAGUUGAAUCAAUCUUGUUUUUUCCAUUUAGUGUCGCAUCAUUGAUCAACUUGUUUUCGUUUGUAAAAGGAUUUAUGGAGGUUUUCAUUAAUGGGAGGUUGGAAGAGUUUUUUGUGCAGAUGUUCAUAUCUGGAUUUGUGGUGGUGAAUAGCUGGCCGAUAUAUGAAGGCAUGGUUUUAAGGAGAGAUCGAGGAAGGAUGCCAUUGAAGUUAACUUUAGCAUCAAUGUCAACGGCAAUUGCGAUUUUCUUGGCAUCCUCUUUGAUUUUUUAACGUUCAAGAGUAUAAUUUGAAGAACCAAGGAUGAACCAUGUGAAGGCCAAAUUGAUCACAUCCUGGUGACGAAUAUACCAACACCUAUAGAUUGAUCAUUUUCACUGCAUCUAGAACAAGUUUCUUCUAAUUGAUGAUAUUAUGAUAUUCUGUAUUAGAAUCACUGGAAUCAUUACAACACAAUAGGGUAUCGUGCACGGAUUUUAGCCACAAACAAAAUCCGUUGUAAUUAGCGACGCAUCUCCCAUAGAAUGUAAUAGCAGAGUUUUAAGACAUUUCUAACAGAAUAACAGAGGGUUAGCAAGGUAUUGAUGCAUUUGGUUAAUCCAUCAGAAAAUUUUAAAAGAUUACAUGCAGAUUACUGACACAAAUUAAGGAUAUCUA